GUUGAAGAUAGCGAACUUGCUGAUGUUGCUGCAGUAAGCGCUGGAAAUAACUACGAAAUUGGCAACAUGAUAGCUGAUGCUAUGAGCAAGGUUGGGCGACAGGGGGUGGUUACACUUGAAGAAGGGAAGAGUGCCGAAAACAACCUCUAUGUGGUUGAAGGGAUGCAAUUCGACCGCGGCUAUAUUUCUCCCUACUUUGUAACCGACAGUGAAAAAAUGUCAGUGGAGUAUGAGAAUUGCAAGCUGCUUCUUGUGGACAAGAAAAUUAACAACGCCAGAGAUCUCAUCACUCUUCUGGAGGACGCUAUUAAGGGUGGAUAUCCAAUUUUAAUAAUCGCAGAGGAUAUUGAGCAGGAAGCUCUUGCAACUCUUGUGGUCAAUAGGCUUAGAGGUGCACUGAAGAUUGCUGCUAUUAAAGCCCCUGGUUUUGGAGAGCGCAAGAGUCAAUACCUGGAUGAUAUCGCUACUCUGACAGGAGGCACUGUCAUCAGAGAAGAAAUCGGACUGUCCCUGGACAAAGCAGACAAAGAAGUUCUUGGAAAUGCCGCCAAGGUUGUAAUUACUAAGGAUUCGACAACAAUUGUUGGAGAUGGUACUACACAGGAGGAAGUAACCAAAAGGGUUACACAAAUCAAGAACCAAAUUGAGGCUUCUGAACAGGAAUACGAAAAAGAAAAGCUAAACGAGAGGAUAGCUAAACUAUCCGGUGGCGUUGCUGUCAUUCAGGUAGGAGCACAGACUGAAACUGAGCUUAAGGAAAAGAAACUGAGGGUUGAAGACGCACUGAAUGCAACAAAG